ACCCUAUGGGCCAGGUUCAAAUCCGAAAGUUUAAAGUUUAGGAAGGGUGUAAAUGUAAUUUAGCCUUUAUAUCGCAAAAUGCAUUUCCUCUCGUCUCCUCCUCGAUCGAUUUCCACUACCUUUAUCUCCGCUUCCUUUCUUUUCUUGUUGCGGUUCAUGCCUUCAUCGUCUGGAGGAAGGGCUGGGCGGCAUAGACGAUGGCUUGGUCGCAUGGUGAGUCUGUUAGAGUGCCGAUCCGACCUCGUUGGCCAAGAAAUUUGGAUACAGCAUUCUUGAUUCUUUUUAGCCCUCGUUCAGUGCCGUGGGCGUCCGAUCGCCGUCUGGUGGAAGGGCUGAGCGGCACCGGGCGACGCGUUGGUCACAUGGCGGAUCUGUGCUCCCGAAGCGCCGACUGGUGCUCGAGGGCACAAUGUCGCCGUUUAGCAUCGGAUUAGGUCAAGCACAGUUUCUCUUUUUCAUGUCGAUCCAUUCUUGUGAGGACGGGAAUUGUAUUUAUCUUUUUGGCCCAUCAAUUAUCUUCUUUCUUCGUCUUCCCCUUCAAUACAAAAGGAAAAGGAGAUAAAUAUUUUUUAUUUUU